CCAUCAUCAGCGCACUGUUACACACCCAGGUUGACUGAAAAAGAAAUCUCGAAAUACAAAUCCUCAAGUGUUGAUACCCUCAUACACCUUCACGAUGCAGUUCAAAAAUCUUUCCCUCAUCGCUGCCCUCCUGACAGGUGCAUUUGCCCUGCCUGUUGCAAACGAGACUCCAGCUAAGAUUGCCUACGAUGAAUCGGCCAAAGUCGCUUACGACGAGUCGGCCAAGGUUUCUUAUGAUGAUUCGGCCAAGCUCUCAUAUGACGAGCGCGACAUCCCCGCAAAGAUCGCCUACGAAGAGUCCGCGAAAGUAGCCUACGACGAAUCGGCGAAGGUCUCUUAUGAUGAUUCCGCCAAGCUUUCAUACGAUGAGCGCGAUGUGCCCGCGAAGAUCGUGUACGACGACUCGGCCAAAAUUGCCUACGAUGAGUCGGCCAAGCUAUCGUAUGACGAGAGAGACGUGCCUGCGAAGGUCGCGUAUGAAGAAUCCGCCAAGGUGGCUUAUGACGAAUCGGCUAAGGUUUCCUACGACGACAGCGCCAAGAUUGCCUAUGAUGACUGGCAAACCAAGGCCAGUCGCUUGCUAAGGAAUGUUUCGGACUGUUGGGGCGAGUGA